GUCCCUUCCCAGUCCAAACCAGCUCCAACCAGUCCCAAACCAGUCCAAACCUCCCAAACCAGUCCAACCAUUCCACCAGUUCCAACCACUCCAACCAUUCCAACCAGUUCCAACCACUCCAAACCAGUCCAAAGCAGUCCAACCAGUCCCAAACCAGUUCCAACCAGUCCCAAACCAGUUCCAACCAGUCCCAAACCAGUUCCAACCAGUCCCAACCAGUCC